CGCUUCACGCUGAUGACGUCAGUCGUAGAGUUGUCAUGGCGUCUUUGGGACCGAAUGCGAAGCUACCGCUGCAAUUUAGCUAAAAUCUGUCGACAGCGCGUGUGUCGAAAUGGAGAAAAAUGCAAACCUGCAUCGAGACGCUGACGGGAGCUCUUUGUGUACUACGAUUGCAGAUAAAAUGAACGAUGUUUCCGAUGUAGACGGAGUGAAAGGAACAGCCGACAAAUGCAAGAAUAGUGAGGCUGCGCUCAGUACUUUGGUUAACGUUAGUUGUGAUAUCAGCGCCACUGAUGGGAGUUCUGCAGGCAGCGUUGAUGUUAUCCACAAUGCUGAGAAGUCUGAUGUUCCGGAGGUUAUCGAAGCAUCUGUUGUCCACGAGGAACAAAAGAAGAACGUCGAUGCGAGCCCGCCGAGGUCUGAAAACCAGAUCAGUAACGGGAUGGAGAAUGAGUCGGUGCUGUCAGCAGAAGACAACCAGGGUGGUGCCUCAAAGUUAGUAAACAAAACCGACGAGCCGUCCUCACCCUCCGCUCGUGAGAGCACAGAUGUCCGAGCUGAAGCUCCAACUUGCGGACAAAGUGAAGUGACAAAACUUGUCAAACCGACCCAUCUGUGUCCGCCUGACAGUGUAGCCGACACACACGUUAAACCGGGUCUGUCCGGUGAUCCCACCUUAUUGGAGGGACUACCGAGUUUGAGUGACCCCGAUCCCAGCCUGGGUGGUGAGUCCAGAAGCAUCGACUCACUAGAGUCCUUCUCCAACCUGAACUCGUGUCCCAGCUCAGAGGGGCUGGAGGAUCGGGGACUGGCUCUGGCCUUGCAGGGCGAGUUCGGAUCGGAUGGGACAAAGACUACGUGCGCUAAGGACCGGGCCGCUGGCCAGUCCAUAUACCACAUUAAGUGGAUCAAAUGGAGGGAGGAGAACACGCCGAUCAUCACACAGAACGAGAACGGGCCCUGCCCAUUACUGGCGAUCAUGAAUGUCCUUCUCCUCGCAUGGAAGGUAAAGAUCCCACCAAUGAUGGAAAUUAUAACAGCUGAGCAGCUGAUGGAGUAUCUUGGUGACUACAUUCUUGAAACCAAACCCAAAGAGAUCUCCGAGGCUCAGCGGUUAAACUAUGAGCAGAACAUGAGCGAUGCCAUGGCGGUGCUGCACAAGCUGCAGACGGGUCUGGAUGUAAAUGUGAAGUUCACGGGAGUGCGAGUCUUUGAGUACACCCCAGAAUGCAUUGUGUUUGAUCUGCUUGACAUUCCUCUUUACCACGGCUGGCUUGUUGACCCCCAGAUGCAUGACAUUGUCAAGGCAGUGGGCAACUGCAGCUACAACCAGCUGGUGGAGAAGAUAAUCUCCUGCAAACAGUCGGACAACAGCGAGCUAGCAGGAGAAGGAAUCGUGGCGGAGCAGUUUCUGAACAGCACGGCCACUCAGCUGACGUACCACGGCUUGUGUGAGCUCACAUCCACGGUGCAGGAAGGAGAACUUUGUGUAUUUUUCAGAAACAACCACUUCAGCACCAUGAUCAAGUACAAGGGCCAGCUGUACCUUUUGGUUACAGACCAAGGUUUCCUGACGGAGGAGAAGGUCGUCUGGGAGAGUCUGCACAAUGUCGAUGGGGAUGGAAACUUUUGCGACUCUGAGUUUCGGUUGCGACCUCCCUCUGAUCCAGAGACGGUGUACUCCGGCCAGCAGGAUCAGAUAGACCAGGACUACCUGAUGGCGCUGUCGCUGCAACAGGAGCAGCAAAUCCAAGACUUACAGUGGGAGCAGCUCCCUGAAGGCAUCAGUGACCUGGAACUGGCAAAAAAGCUCCAGGAGGAGGAGGACCGACGAGCCUCUCAGUACUACCAGGAGCAGGAGCAAGCAGCAGCAGCAGCAGCACAGGCACAGCAGGAGCCUGUGGAGGGAGGCGAUGGGGACAGAGGAGCAGCAGGAGCAGGUGGGGCAGCAGCAGGUUCUGGGACUGCAGCGGCCUCCGGAGCAACCCCCAGUCCGGGGAAACAUUCAGCAGGUGGGGAGCGCAAAACCAAGAAAGAGCCGAAAGAAAAAGACAAGUGUGUUAUUUUGUAACACACAGCGUGCCUGAGUGAGUGAGCAAAGGAGUGAGCGAGCGAGUGAAUGAGCGAGUAUGUGUGUGUUUUGUGCUUAUCUGUGUAAAAGGAGACAGCAUUUGUUUCUACGAGGACUGGACUCAUCAACAUGCAGCUCCUGUUUGACAACAAACAUGGGAAGGAGGAUCGGCUGUUCCCAAACCACUGGUGCCUGCUAUCCUCUGUCCUCAGUGGAACCUGAACAUCACAGGACGGGACACUACAACAACGACUACCCCUGAUCUUUCUUAGCGUCGGCCAGACUUUUGUACGAGUAGCUCUCCUCACUAUAUUUGUGAUGUAGGCUGAGAAUUAACUGCAUAUUUUAUACUGAACGUUAUUAUCUUAAGACACAACUAUCAUGUUCUUUUUUCAUUUCGUCACUUAAGCAGCUUUAUAAGCUUUUUUUUAACACGCAUCAAUAUUUACAAAACAUCUGCAAUCAGCUGUAGAUGCCAAGAGUCACAGUCUGUGUUACUGUUAGAUUUUGUUUUUUCCUUCUCUUUGUAAGCUGAUAAGGGAUUCUGUUGGAAAUCAGUGUUUAGCACCACUUGUGAAACACUAAGGGUUAACAAUCCAGACACUAGCUCUGUCCUAAUACAACCCACAGCUCGCCCUGUUCAGAUUUGCCUUACCAGAAGGCGGCGUUGCCGUAUUCUUGUCUGAGUGUUGGUUUAAGUGAAAACAAUAGCGAGCGUUUUCGAAGUAACAAGUUUUAAAAUAGCCAAUCUGUUGUUUUUAUGCUGUAUUAAGUUAAAGGUUUUGAACAUUUAUCUUUUUUUUUGUGAUUAUAUUUAGCUGAAUCUCUGUUAGGGGCUUUUUUUUUGUCGUAGUUGUUUACAUGUUUUGCAGAUUAGAGUUCAGUGAGUUAGAAGGCUCGUUUUCUAUGGAAAUUAGGCGUGUUUGUGCAGAAACUGACAUAAGUUUUGUCUCCUGGAUGUGGAGACUGGUGACAAAUUACAGGUAAAACUGAGGUUUCCCAUCAUUCACUUCUUACCUAGAAAAAUAACUAAGAUUAUACAUUUCCAGAUUGGAGUGAUCUCUUUCAGGAUGACAAUAUCGCCAUCUACAGGGCAUGAGGGGUUACAGAAUUGUCGGAAAACUACUGUUCCAGAACCUUUUUGUUGAUCUACGCCAAAGUUUAUUGCAGAUGUUUUUCCUUUAGUUUGUCACCCAAUCAUCGCUUCUGUUUCAUCGGGUUUUGCUAAGAAAAUCUGUCAUAUUUAGUAACACACAUUAAUUUUUUAAACCAGUGUGUUUUUGUGGCCAAAAGUCACCAAACCUGCACAAGAUUUUAAAUCUGUGCAGUUUCUGAUCUAGUUACAGUGCUGAGAGGCUGCUGUAGCUGUCCACUCAUUUAUUCAUCUGGCUUCAUGUCAAAUUCACCUUAUUUAGCUUCAUAGUAAAACUUAGUUUUUUGAUUUCA